GCGGGGGCCACGUCAGCGGGCGGCGGGGCAGCGCGGGUCCCCGGCGGGCAGCAUGCGGCGGGGCGCGCUCCUGGCGGGCGCCCUGGCCGUCUACGCCGCGUACCUGGUGCUGGGCGCGCUGCUGGUGGCGCGGCUGGAGCGGCCACACGAAGCCCGGCUCCGGGCCGAGCUGGGGACACUGCGGGAGCAGCUGCUGCAACGCAGCCGGUGCCUGACAGCGCCCGCCCUGGACGCCUUCGUAGAGCGGGUGCUGGCGGCGGGACGACUGGGGCGCGCCGCGCUCGCCAACGCCUCGGGGUCCGCCAACGCCUCCGACCUCGCCUGGGACUUCGCCUCCGCCCUCUUCUUCGCCAGCACGCUGGUCACCACUGUGGGCUAUGGCUACACCACACCACUGACCGAUGCAGGCAAAGCCUUCUCCAUCGCCUUCGCGCUCCUGGGUGUGCCAGCCACCAUGCUGCUGCUGACCGCCUCGGCCCAACGCCUGGCACUGCUGCUGACCCACACCCCCCUGUCUUGGCUGAGCUUGCGUUGGGGCUGGGACCCCCGGCGGGCAGCCCGCUGGCACCUGGUGGCCCUGCUGGGAGUCGUUGUGGCUGUCUGCUUCUUGGUGCCAGCUGCGAUCUUCGCCCACCUUGAGGACACCUGGAGUUUUCUGGAUGCAUUCUACUUCUGUUUCAUCUCUCUGUCCACCAUUGGCCUGGGUGACUAUGUCCCUGGGGAGGCCCCCGGCCAGCCCUACCGGGCCCUUUACAAAGUGCUGGUCACAGUGUACCUCUUCCUGGGCCUGGUCAUCAUGGUACUGGUAUUACAAACUUUCCGCCACGUGUCUGACCUCCACGGCCUCACUGAGCUCAUCCUGCUGCCCGGCCCGUGCCCCUCCAGACUCGGUGAGGAUGAGGAUCAGGUGGACAUCGUGGAUCCCCAGCCCGAGCUGCACCAGCACCUCUCUUCCAGCGCCCACGCCGACUAUGCCUCUAUCCCCAGGUAGCCAGGCAGGGGCUGCCAGGCUUGGAGGGACCUGACCUUGGCUGCGGGACCCAGGGGGCUGAUGCUGACCGAACACAAAUGUGCACACCCGGGUGUGAGCAAGGCGUGGUAACACACCAUCCACCCCGCGGGAGGCUGGAGGCAAGGCUCGGCCACUCUCUAAGUCCUGGGCUCCUCUGGGCACCAGGACCACCUGAUUCUUCUUUUUCUCUCUUGU